ACACUCGUUGGACAUCGCUCAGUUAGUCCGUCCUACUUAUUCGUUUCAGGAAGAAGCAAGUUGUCCAGGUGUUGAGGCAUUACAGCCAGAUACAUUGAUAAAAUAUGUCUCAAGUAUACCUACGCUAGCUAGCUUGCGCCUCAGACAAUCUGAAAUGUUCUGAGACCAUAAAUAUACUUUUUCGGGGAAGCCUCUUUAAAAUAGUUGUAUCUACUGAUUUUCUAUGUAACUUGGACUGGCUCGGCGUUGGACUAUAAGAUGGACUGGACGGUUAGCAGUCGGGGCCUUGUGUGGGGCAUUUUCACGUUGUUGUUCUACAUUGACUCGUUUCAUAUGAGUUUUUGCAGAGCCAGCACUGUCUCUCUCCCCGAAAGCCUGCUCUUUGUUUCCACCCUGGAUGGAAAUCUACAUGCCGUCAGCAAGAAAUCAGGCUCUAUUAAAUGGACACUGAAAGAAGACCCUGUUCUUCAGGUCCCAACCCAUGUCCCAGAACCAGCCUUUCUGCCUGACCCUAACGAUGGCAGCCUGUACUCCCUGGGAGGGAAAAACAGCGAGGGACUCACGAAAUUGCCCUUCACUAUACCAGAACUGGUCCAGGCAUCACCCUGUCGCAGCUCUGAUGGUGUCCUCUACAUGGGUAAAAAGCAGGACCUGUGGUAUGUGGUGGACCUGCUGACAGGGGAGAAGCAGCAGACUCUCACAUCCUCCUUUGCUGAGAUGCUGUGCCCAUCCUCCUCCCUGCUGUACCUGGGACGCACUGAGUACACCAUAACUAUGUAUGACACCAAAAGCAGAGAGCUUCGCUGGAACGCCACCUACUUUGACUAUGCCUCCACGCUACCUGACGACGACACCAAAUACAAGAUGGCCCACUUUGUCUCCAACGGUGACGGGCUGGUAGUGACUGUGGACAGUGAGUCAGGUGACGUCCACUGGGUUCAGAACUAUAACUCCCCAGUGGUGGCCAUGUACAUCUGGCAGCGUGAGGGCCUUCGCAAGGUGCCUCACACCAAUGUCGCCGUGGAAACGUUACGCUACCUCACCUUCAUGUCCGGCGAGGUUGGCCGCAUAACACAGUGGAAGUAUCCCUUCCCAAAAGAGAAGAAGCCCAAGAAUAAGCUCAUGGCCACCCUCUAUGUGGGAAAGUACUCCACCAGUCUGUACGCCUCGCCUUCCCUGGUGCAUGAUGGAGUAACCGUUGUGCCUCGAGGGAGCACCUUUCCUAUGCUGGAGGGCCCUAACAGCCAGGAGGUGUUGGUGGAGGAGGAGUGUGUGAUCACCCCGAGCACCAGUGUCAAGUUCAACGCCGCCCUGAGGGAACGCAACCGCAUCAACUUCAUGAGGAACCACCUGCUCCUCAUCGGUCACCAUGAAACGCCCCCUGACGCUCAUAACAAGAUUCUGGAGAAGUUCCCUGACAGUAUACCACGUCAGCAGGGCAAUGUCAUCCCGCCAACCACAGAGAAGACCUUGGAGGAGAAGGCGAAUGAGAGUGGCAUGAGUGAUGACCCCCCUGCGAGCCCCAGCCCCCCAGCAGUCACCUCCAUCCAGGAGCAGCCAGCGCGGACCACGCCGGUCAGGGUGGAAGCCCCUGUGGACUCCAUGCUCAAAGACAUGGCCACCAUCAUCUUCAGUACCUUCCUCCUCGCCGGCUGGGUGGCCUUUGUCAUCACUUAUCCCAAGAGUGUACACAAGCAGCAGCAGCUGCAGCAUGAGCAGUUCCAGAGGCAGCUAGAGGAGAGGCUGGAGCUCCUGGGGAGGCAGCCGUUCCCUUCCCAGGGGGCCGACCUGCCCCUGCUGGCCCCGGACGCCGACUCAGACCACAGCAGUCCGAACGGCACCCCCAACAUCACCCCCCGUGCCUCCAACCACUCCAACCUGUCUGUGUCCGAGCUUGGCAGCUCCGCCAACGAGCACGACGAUGGCGAUGAGGACUCCAGUGUGGUCAGAGUUGGAAAGAUAACGUUCCGGCCCAGGAACGUUCUAGGACACGGUGCAGAGGGCACCAUCGUUUAUAAGGGUCAGUUUGACAAUCGUGCCGUGGCCGUGAAGAGGAUUCUUCCAGAGUGUUUUAGCUUUGCUGACCGUGAGGUGGAUCUGCUGCGUGAGUCAGACGAGCACCCCAAUGUCAUCCGCUACUUUUGCACAGAGAGGGACCGCCAGUUCCAGUACAUCGCCAUCGAGCUCUGUGCCGCCUCUCUUCAGGAGUAUGUGGAGAGACAGGACUUUGAUCGCCAUGGCCUGGAGCCUGUGAUGCUCCUGCAGCAGACUAUGUCAGGACUGGCCCACCUGCAUUCUCUCAAUAUAGUGCACAGAGACUUAAAACCCCACAACAUCCUAGUGUCCAUGCCCAACGCUCACGGCCGGGUGCGAGCCAUGAUCUCAGACUUUGGCUUAUGCAAGAAAUUGGCGGUGGGCCGACACAGCUUCAGCAGGAGAUCCGGAGUGCCAGGCACUGAAGGGUGGAUCGCCCCCGAGGUCCUCAGUGAGGAUUGCAAGGAAAACCCUACAUGCACGGUGGACAUCUUCUCCGCGGGCUGUGUGUUCUACUAUGUGGUGUCCCAGGGAUGCCAUCCCUUUGGCAAGUCCCUGCAGAGGCAAGCCAACAUCCUGCUGGGAGCCUACAGCCUGGACCAGCUACAGUCUGACAAACAUGAGGACGUUGUGGCCACAGACCUGAUAGAACAGAUGUUGAGCAUGGAGCCCCAGAGGAGGCCCUCUGCUGAGACUGUCCUCAAACACCCCUUCUUCUGGAGCCUGGAGAAACAGCUGCAGUUCUUCCAGGACGUUAGUGACCGAAUAGAGAAGGAGCCACUGGACGGACCAAUUGUAAGGCAGCUGGAGCGAGGGGGGCGGGCCGUGGUGAAGUUGGACUGGAGGGAACACAUCACAGUCCCUCUGCAGACAGAUCUACGCAAAUUCCGGUCAUACAAAGGAGGGUCUGUCAGAGAUCUUCUCCGUGCAAUGAGAAACAAGAAGCAUCAUUACAGGGAGUUACCAGCAGAGGUGCAGGAGACCCUGGGGUCCAUCCCAGACGACUUUGUCUUCUACUUCACCUCCCGUUUCCCCCAUCUUCUGCGCCACACGUACCAGGCCAUGCGUAGCUGUGCCCACGAGAGGCCUUUCCUGCCCUACUACCCGAGCUCAGAGCAGCUGGCCUGGAUACGGACUGCCUACACAGCACCCGGGCCAUGCAUGCACCCUGCGCCCAACGCUACAGAGACAGGGCUGCAAACAACACCGUCACAACCAGAGGAACCCACACCACCCCCACAGGCCUUUUCAAACUGUGUACCCUCCACACCCCAGUCAGUGACUGUAUCAGACACAAAACCCCCCACACCCCAGUCAGUGACUGUAUCAGACACAAAACCCCCCACACCCCAGUCAGUGACUGUAUCAGACACAAAACCCCCCACACCCCAGUCAGUGACUGUAUCAGACACAAAACCCCCCACACCCCAGUCAGUGACUGUAUCAGACACAAAACCCCCCACACCCCAGUCAGUGACUGUAUCAGACACAAAACCCCCCACACCCCAGUCAGUGACUGUAUCAGACACAAAACCCCCCACACCCCAGUCAGUGACUGUAUCAGACACAAAACCCCCCACACCCCAGUCAGUGACUGUAUCAGACACAAAACCCCCCACACCCCAGUCAGUGACUGUAUCAGACACAAAACCCCCCACACCCCAGUCAGUGACUGUAUCAGACACAAAACCCCCCACACCCCAGUCAGUGACUGUAUCAGACACAAAACCCCCCACACCCCAGUCAGUGACUGUAUCAGACACAAAACCCCCCACACCCCAGUCAGUGACUGUAUCAGACACAAAACCCCCCACACCCCAGUCAGUGACUGUAUCAGACACAAAACCCCCCACACCCCGGUCAGUGCCAGUCACGUUACCAGUAGAGCCAGUAUCACCCCUAUCAUUAAAAGUCCAACUGCUACUGCCUAUCUCAUUCCCAUCUACGACGCUGCCAAAACUUCCCCCACAGACAGUGUUGCCCACCCAGCCUUCAGAACCACCCACACCCUCGAACCCUUCUUCAGGUCCCAUCCCACCUGAACCCCACAUACUGCCAGUACCACACCCAAUCACACUGGACACUGAGCCUGCCUGAAAGCCAGACAAGGGUUGGUGGAUGGGCGUAGAGUAGCAUUGCCUUAUAAGUGGACACGUACUGGGGUUAUGCAGCUUUGUCCUGUGCUGGUGUGGACCAGGCCUGCAGUGCCUGUAAGCUUCCAGCAGGGGGAGCAGUAGACCAAACCAAGUGCCUUCCCUGCUCAGCUGUGGCUACAUUUUUUCAGAAUGGAACCGUCCCAAGGUCCCCUAAAGCAUCAAGAAGCCAGAGUGGAAAUGACCUAAUGAUGGCUGUGCUGCAUAGUACAGACUAUCAAUUUUGUUUGCAAUGGAGUCCCUCCUAAUGUAAAGUAUUAAGAGGUAUUGAAGUGUUGCUAGGCAUAAAAUGGCAAAGCAAGGGAAUCCUUCUGCUGAUGUUGUUGAAGAGUCGACGCUGGUAGUUGUACUGUGCAAUGUUUCCCAGUUUCCCUCAGUGAGCCUAUUCACUGUAGAGGUGUGUUUUUAAAUUUUUGUUAAAUUGGUUAUUACUUGAUCAUUGAUAAUCAUGAUGAUCUGGCCAUUGUGCCUUUUUAAAUAACACUGUGCUGUGUGUCAGCUCUUUGAAGGUAGAUGUCUCAGAAGUUGUUUUGCUUACUGCUGCUAGUGAUGUUUUUUUCUUGUGCAGGCGAGGGCAGAUAUUCCAAAGGGUGUUUGAAGUGAACAUUGGUAAAAGCAUCUUUUUCUACUUUUGUCUGUCUGUUAGCUUUCUGCUGUGCAUCAAGCACAAAGGAAGUUGUAAUUGUUUUUGAAUGCAGGGCAUAACCCAAAGCCUUGCUUGUCUGCAGAUUUUUGUACAAACUAGAGGGUUCCACGAAAACGGUUUGUCUUUAAAUCCCAAGAUCAUUACAGAUGUUUUCAUUUCACAUUCUGGUUAUGGGCUAAUCGUGUCCUUUUUAAAUGGAGAAAUGAUAUUACUAAAGGAUGAUCCAAUGCAACAUGCUUUAUUCAAACUUUAAUUGUCAGAAAUAAUGGAUGAAUAGUUUGAUAAUGUAUUACAUUUAUUAAUAGUUGGUUUUAUUAUUUGAUUUCUCUGUGUAGUUAUUUUACUUUAUUUUGUACUUUUUAUACUACAUCCCACAACUCUUAAUUUAUGCAUUUUGUCAAACAACUAUGAUUUUAAUUAGAGGGGUCAAGAGUAAAUUACAGUGUAUGGUUUUGUGGUUGAAUUUCUGUUCUGAUCUUGCCCUUUUAAUGUUAAUAUCACUUUAAAUCCCUUUAAUUUAUAUUACUUUGUCUAAAAACAAUGCAUAUCAUCCUGAUUAUGCAAUAGGCUUAUAUAUUGAGAGCCCUUCACAGUUUCACCAGUUUUUAAUUUUGCCUUGCCAGAAAUUAUGCAGCUGUUUGAGUUAAAAUGCCAAAUAAAUCAGCAUUAUAUUUGUGA